AUGGCGACACCUCUACCGGGCAAGUUGAAGAGUGCGGGCAUCCAGCCAUUUGCGACACGGGCGGCGCAGCUGGAGAAGUACAGGCCGAUAGUGAGCUACUGGUGCGAGUACUACGCCCUCCAACAAAUCCUAUCCAAACAACUCCACAUCGGCGACAAUGACAGCCAGAACUACGCCAUCCACCUCAUGGACAAGCUGGAACAGACCAAAGCGGCGAACACCACCAACGACGCCAUCAUCGACGACAUCGCCGCCAAGGCAUACGUGGAGAACUUCGCCCUCGAGACGUUCCACCGUGCCGACGAGGCGCAAAGAGGCCAUCACGUGACGAGGCAGACGGCGGACACUUUCCAGGCGGCAGCCACCUUCAUCGACCUCCUCACCAUCUGGGGCCCGCUGGAUCAGGAAAUGGCGGCCAAGAGCAAGUUCGCCAAGUAUCACGCCUUGCGCAUUGCCAAGGCGAUCAAGGCGGGCGAGGAUCCGAACGCGAGUAAUCCGGUCGUUGCCGAGGAAGCACCGCCUGCGCUCCCGAUGGACGACGGUAUCGACGCCGAACUCAAGGCCAUGGAAUCACAGUCACAGCAGCAAAACGAUGGCACGCGAACGGAAAGUUUCUACCAAAAAGCGACGGUCGAGAACGCAGAGGAUCCAUCCCCACCCAACCCGUCGGCGCCGCACCCGGACAUGGACAAGCUCUCCCACCGACCCACCUACCCCAUCCGAGCCAUGAGCGAGACCAGCCAAUCCAUGAGCCAGGCGAGCGAAACCAACCACGACGAUGUCUCGCCCAUCGAGCCGUCCGAAGGGCAACAGCAGCAGCAACGACACUCUUCCCUCGGCGGAGGUUACUUCCCCUCCACGCCCGCCGAUACCUUUCCUGCUAUCACGGAGAAAGACGAGGAGGCGGGAAAGGAGAGGGAGGGGCAGGGGGAGGAGGAGAAAGAUACGCCGAUGCCCGACUCUGACGCUGACGCUAAGAAGGACGACGGAGAGGGAGAGGGAGGGGGAGGGGCGCCGCCGAAGACGCCACCCAUCGUCGCGCCGCAACCUACGACGUACCAACGCCUUGACAACCCGGCGGAGUUUUAUAGCGCUAAUGCUACCACUACCACUGUCACUUCGCCGUCCGCAAGAGGAGCGGCUUCGGAGCUUACACCGUUACCGCCGCCACUUAAUGGAGGUGGAGGUGGAGGUGGAGGUGGAGGUGGAAGUGCAGGUUCGUUCCAUCCAGAUGUGGAGACUACGUCACUGCCAGGGCGAUCCACGCCCGCGCCUACACCUGCGCCUGCACCAUAUCGAUAUCGAAACGCACCGCCGGCGCCUACUUCCACCGCCGGACCUGCUGCCAGUCAUCAACCGCCCGUUCGUGCUGGAGGAGAGGUCGCUUCCGGGCGAACACCGCCCACAAGGGGAUACAAUACGGAUGAUGAGUCGGUCCUCAGUGCGCAGAAGCAUGCGAAAUGGGCCAUUUCGGCGUUGAAUUUCGAGGAUGUCGCUACAGCGGUGAGGGAGUUGAGGGGGGCGUUGAGGGAUUUGGGGGCGGGCUGA